ACCCUGGCACGGAAAGAGGAAAGAAAGCGUCGUACUGCAUAUGAAAUUUGAUUGAAUUUGUUUGAAUAAAAACUAAUUUUAACGUUUUUCAUGGAAUAAAUUUUGGGGCAAUCAUGACGGAAAAUGUCUUCAAAGCUCCAAGAAACAAAAGACUUCCUAAUAAACGCGAUUAUGAGCCUGGAGGUAUUUCCCCACCUAAGAAAGGAAGAACUAAAGAUGAUUUCUACACUUUCUGCUCAUGGGUCCUGACAUAUACUCAGUAUGAACAAUGGAAGCAAGAUGAAUUGAGAGCAAGAGAUAAUACAAGUCCUAUGGACAGUGCAUCAAGUACAGCAGAAAGCUACACAUCAGAGUCAACUUUGUCAUCAAGCAGUAAAGAUGAUAGCACACAUAACAUAGAUCUGCAAGAUUCAGAUGACGAAAGUUGGGAACUAAUUACAUGUUUCUGUUUGAAGCCGUAUGCAGGAAGACCUAUGAUAGAAUGCUCGCAAUGUAACACAUGGAUCCAUUUAUCUUGUGCAAAAAUUCGCAAAUCCAACAUACCUGACACUUUUGUGUGUAACUGUUGUAAAGAAAAAAGAUUCAAAUCACGGAAAUCAAAUCGAGUGAGAAUCGAAAAUAAGCGAAUCACAAUAUAGCCCAGGCCUCCAUUCAUUACAUCAUUAUUGUUAUUAUUUUGUAUGUUAGUUCCUUGUUGAUUGUGAUGUUUUAAUGGUGCAAAUACUUGAUAUAGAUAGUCAAGAGCAGCAUGUGCGACAUGGUAGUCCCCGAAGCAGCAUUGGUCUUUUUCUAUAUACGUCAUUCAGUUCACUCCUAUUUAUAUAGAGACAAAUAGUGCUUUAAAUGAUAUUUUUGUUUUGGCUUGGAUAAAGUCAGUUCAGUUUUCCAUUUACAAUUCAGAUGUGAAGCAAUUUUGCCUUCUAAGAUGCUCAGUAUUAGUUUCUGGUUUAUAUUUUAUUUAAACAUAAAAGUUGAACAGGGUCCCAAGGUUUUACAAGUAUGGAGACCAGUUUCAAAACUCUAGCUUCUGAUUGGCUGGUCCUGAGCUCAGUCUUGAAAUGGACCAAUCGCAAGAUGUUAAGACUUGUAUCCAAAUUCAGUGUUCAUUGGACCUAGUGUGGACUGUAUAUAUAUAUAUAUAUAUAUAUAUGCCAUCAUCUGGAGUCCAAAAUUUAGACUUUGAUAAAAAAAAAGACUUCUGUUUGUUUUAAUGAUACUCCAUUGAAAAGGCUACAAAAUAUAAUCAACUUGUGACAAAUAAAGGAUUAUUUAUAACAACAAUAAUUCUUUCGCAAGUAUUUAUUUUUGCAAAUAUGGACAGUAAGGGAAUAACAAUAACAGGAUAAUGUGAGUGCAAUCUACUGUUUCUGUAAUUUUAUGAUUGUUCAAAGGUAUUUAACUGUUGAUGAACUUGAGUCAGGUACAUCAAGUUCUAGAAGAUAUAGUUUAUGUUUGCUGUAGUUUGUUUUGCAAGUACCUCUCCAGCAUGUAGGUGUAUGCUCAUGCAAUUUCAAAUGUCUGACAUUUUAGUCUUUGCGGGACUUGACAUACAUGUUUCAAUAAAAUGAUUAGUUUGUGUUGCUAAGAGGCUAACUUCAACAUACUGAGACUGACACAGUAUUGACAGUUAAAUGACACAUGGCAUUGUCUUUAACAUAAAUGUUAUAUUUAGCUAAAUGAGAACAAUGUUUAUUUUUGUAUUUUUCUGAAUUAUAUUUAUUUAAAUAAUUAAGCACAUUUAUUUUCCUAUUUUCUGAAUGAAAUCUUGAGAAAUUUUUCUGUACACUUUAUGCAUGAUACUUUAUCUUCUUAAUUUUGGUCCAGAGUUUGAUUUUUUAGUAUAUGAUAUUUUUUCUUAUACAUUUGAAAUUACAAUAUAUACUAAUAGUAUUGAGUUUCACUGAUGUGUUUUUGGUGAGUUAUUGUACAUUUUAUAUCAGACCGUGUAAAAAUGGAGUUAUUUUUAGCUCAUCUGAUUUUUUUAAAAAAAAAUGAUGAGUUAUUGUCAUCACUUGAGCGGUUGUCGGCGUCGGCGUCUGCGUCGGCGUUGCCUGGUUAAGUUUUAUGUUUAGGUCAGCUUUUCUCCUAAACUAUCAAAGCUAUUGCUUUGAAACUUGGAAUACUUGUUCACCAUCAUAAGCUGACCCUGUAUAGCAAGAAACAUAACUCCAUCUUGCUUUUUGCAAGAUUUAUGGCCCCUUAUGUACUUAGAAAAUAUCAGAUUUCUUGGUUAAGUUUUAUGUUUAGGUCAACUUUUCUCCUAAACUAUCAAAGCUAUUGCUUUGAAACUUGGAAUACUUGUUCACCAUCAUAAGCAGACCCUGUACAUCAAGAAACAUAACUCCAUCUUGCUUUUUGCAAGAUUUAUUGCCCCUUUUGGACUUAGAAAAUCAGUUUUCUUGGUUAAGUUUUAUGUUUAAUUCAGCUUUUAUCCUAAACUAUCAAAGCUAUUGCUUUAAAACUUGCAACACUUGUUCACCAUCAUAAGUUGACCCUGUAUAGCAAGAAACAUAACUCUGUCCUGCUUUUUGCAAGAUUUAUGGCCCCUUUUGGACUUAGAAAAUCAGUUUUCUUGGUUAAGUUUUAUGUUUAGGUCAGCUUUUAUCCUAAACUAUCAAAGCUAUUGCUUUAAAACUUGCAACACUUGUUCACCAUCAUAAGUUGACCCUGUAUAGCAAGAAACAUAACUCUGUCCUGCUUUUUGCAAGAUUUAUGGCCCCUUUUGGACUUAGAAAAUAACAGAUUUCUUGGUUAAGUUUUAUGUUUAGGUCAAGUUUUUCUCUUAAACUAUCAAAGCUAUUGCUUUGAAACUUGCAACACUUGUUCACCAUCAUAAGCUGACCCUGUACAGCAAGCAACAUAACUCCAUCCUGCUUUUUGCAAUAAUUAUUGCCCCUUUUGGACUUAGAAAAUCAUUUUCUUGGUUGAGUAUUAUGUUUAAGUCAACUUUUCUCAUAAACUAUCAAAGCUAUUGCUUUAAAACUUGCAACAGUUUUUCACCAUCAUAAGUGGACACUGUACAUCAAGAAACAUAACUCUAUCCUGCUUUUUGCAAGAAUGAUGGCCCUUUUUAGACUGAGAAAAUCAUGGGUAGGACAAUAUUUCUAUUACACAAAAAAAUCAGAUGAGCGUCAGCACCCGCAAGGCGGUGCUCUUGUUCAUCUUGGCUUUCAAAAUUUUUCAGCCCUGUCCUGAACAAGUGUUUUAUUUUAAAAAAUUUGUAUUUUGGAAAUAACAAACUUCAAGCAGAUUUCAAAUUAUACUUUAUACCUCAAAUGCUGUGCUAUAAUUUGCACAUUUAGAGAUACUUUUUUGCAUUUAAUAGUUUAUUUCCUUGUGAUACAUAUAAACUGUUGCUUCUUUCUUUAUUACAAAGCACAAACAAGGCUGCACGACUUGUUAAUAGGUUUAGGUAUUUUACCUGAUCUUUUGUUUUGUGAUAUUUGGUCAGCUGUUUACAUGUUGCAAGAAAAUGAAAUUUGCGCUUCCUUUUUCAGUGUAAAUUUAUUUAUAUAUAGCCAGUUAAUUUUAAAAUGUUACAGAUUUACAGGUACAGAUUUACAGAUAAAGACCUGUUAAAGGAAUCAUAGUAUAUUGCAAUGCCAUGAAAUAGAAGACAGUUGCCUUCACAUUCUGCAGUUCACCUUCAUCUAAUUCAGCAAAGUUUCAGGCUAUAAAAGACCUUUUUUGUGAUGACAAAUAUUUGGCUCAAUUUGGCCUACUGUUCAAAUAUUUGGCACUAAAAUUGCAUUUUAGAAAAUAGUUGUGAAGGAUCUGCAAAUGUCGAAGAGAUUCUGAUCACAAAAUACCUUGCACUAUAAUUACUUUUCUAACUGAUUUGUGGAUGAACUUAAACCGGAAUGAUGCUGUAUGUUUCAAGUUCGUUUUUAGUAUUAUAUUUUCAUAUACAUGUAUUCAAUGUGCUAAAGGCAUUAUAGAUGUGCUGGAAGAGUCCCGUAUUUACUGAUACUUUUCCUUUACUGACUUGGCCUUUGUUUAAGAAAUAACAUUUAGUUCUUUCAGAGCCUAUAGAUGCAGAAUGAUAGUCUUGUUUGAUUUUUGGUAACAGUCCAGUUUUAUUUACAUCAGUAGUUUACUAUUAUUGCAUUAGUAUGACAAGGGUGUUGUCUUAGGAAAGCUUUUAUCACCACUUGUUUGCAGGGAUCUUCUCCAUGUUCUUAUGGAAAAAAAUACAGUGUUAUGCCUAUUUAUUUAUUUGAGAAAUUUAGAUAUUUAUUUAUUGUUGGAAUUCAGAUGGUCUUUAGAGACAUUAGGUUAACACUAUAAUAAAUUGAUACAAUCAUGAUUUUUGCAUGUAGAUACUUAUGUACUGUAUACAGUGAAAAACAUUGCAAAUUAGUGUUUGAAAUGAAUUAUAAAUCUUGUGUAAUUUACUCCUUCCAUUCUUCAUUGAUGUAUUAUCAUAUCAGUUAAAUUUUAAUUGAUUUAGCUAAGCUGAAUUGUAUAUGAGCCGUGCCAUGGGAAAACCAACAUAGUGGGUUUGCGACCAGCAUGGAUCCAGACCAGCCUGCGCAUCCGCGCAGUCUGGUCAGGGUCCAUGCUGUUCGCUUUUAAAGCUUAUUGCAAUUAGAGAAACUGUUAGCGAACAGCAUGGAUCCUGACCAGACUGCGCAGAUGCGCAGGCUGGUCUGGAUCUAUGCUGGUCGCAAAGCCACUAUGUUGGUUUUCCCAUGGCGCGGCUCAUAUGUAUUACUUGAGUAUUUCUGCUAGAUUGAUGGACUAAUUGCAUGCUCUGAGGGAAUACCUAUUUCAAAGAAGGGACUUAUUUAUUUUGAAUUGUGUAAAUAGUUCUGUACAUUUGUAAAUAAAUACUGUCUUAGAAAGAGUACAUUUUAUAUAAUGAGAGGCCCCUCAACUUCUCCACAGAAUCAUUGUAAUUUUGCUGCAAUAGUUGUAAAUGUUUAAUUGCAUUCCUCAUGAAACAAACUGGUUAAUCCUAACCUAAUUUAAUACAAACUUCUACUAUAGGUGCUGGGUAACCUUUAGCCUUCUAAAUUUAUAAAAUGGACUGAUCCAUCAAAACUAAUCAGUACUAUUCAAGUCAAUAAAAUUAGAGUAACAAGUAUUUCACUGCUAAAUUUUUUUACUGCCUACUGUUAAUGCAACUCAAAGCUUUCUACAAAUUUACGAUUGCAGGACUGUUUUACAUAUUUUUCUAAAUUUUAAAGCGUAGUGUGCCCCUUUAAGAUCACCACAAGGUUAUAUUUAUGCUGUAAGGGGAUUUUAGCUGCUGGUCAUGUUUUGAAUUUGAGUGAGUGUGUACACAGUCAGUUCCUGAUCUCAUAUAUGUACUAGAGUAUAAACACUGGAGUCCAGGUAAAUAAAGCUGAGCUUGGAAACCAGUCUAUGACAGCAUCUGAUUGGUUGAUUCUAAGUUUGUGUUGAAAUUGACCAAUGGCAGGGCUGCAUUUUAGACUGGUCUCCAAAUUUGGUUUUGAAACCAUGGAACCUGCAUUAAUACUUGGCAUGAAUAUGUCCAAGAUUUAUUCAUACAACAAAUGUGUCAUAUGUCCAGUCAUCACACAUUUUACAGUUUCAGCUGUCAAAAUUGAAUGUGUAGAUUUAUUUCUUGAAACACUUUUCAGCUGUGCCUUGCCAGUGUGAAAAGGGUUUAUUUCUACACAUAAAAAUUCAUUAGGUCUUAUACUUCAUCUAAAGGUUAAAACUUCAUGUGCUUUUCGUUAAUUAACAGUUUACGUCCCACUCCCUUAAGAGAACUCGGACAUACACUGACAGUCACUUGUGUUUACAAAAAUCUGUUCAUUUACCUUGAAAAUCAUGUGUUUAGUGCAAUAAGUAAAAGGCUAAGAAAUUAUGGAUCAUGCACAUACCUUGUUGUAUUGAGCAUAGAAGGUAGAGCUGACCUGUAAUUAUCCAAAAUUAAUGAAAGAAACUUGAUCAGACUGCGAAAUUCUUAAUAUGUAAUAAUUUUUCACAGCAUUUUCUUACAGAAAGCUUUUUGUACGUGGCCCAUAUAGUUUGGUAAAGCAGUUCAAAUGACCUUUCUAAAAUAUCAAAUGCAUGAGUAGGUGGGAAGUAUGCUAUGUAGCAGUUGUUAGGAAGUUUUUAUUAAUUGUUAUUUUGUAUGCUAUUGCAAAUUAAACCUUGUUCUGUGUAAAACCAUUGAAAAUCGUCUGUGAAUAAAAACAUUUUCAUUUCAUAAUUCAGCAAGUUUCAUUCUGUAUCAUGAUACCAUUUAAGGUAGUGGUCCCAUAUUGACUCUAAGCAAUGUCCGCUUGUUUAUAUGUAUUCUUGUUUUGUCAAUUCGGCAUUUUUCAGGCGUAAAGUUGGUCAACACGCACAUAACUUUCCGUAAAAAAACCCACAGAAAAUGCCGAAGAGGUAUACAGAGAACGGAUAAUUUGCCUAUUCUCAUUACGGAUCCACUGCCUUAAUGUUGUUAAUUAUUUAAUGUUUUACACAACAGUACAUUGUUUCUGUACAAAAAUGUUCUUUAAGUGUUUAAAAUACAUUAAAAUAUUUUAUUAGA